CCCCCCCACCGGACUCUCACUCUCUCUCUAUGAUGAACAAGCUCCGGAAUUUGGUCUUUUCCCUUAAACUCUGUUCGAUCUCCACCGCAAUCCUUUUUCUCUUUCUCUCCGUUCUCGAUCUAACUCAACAAAUUGAGCACUUGGUGGCCACUGUGUUGAUCUAGAUCCAGGGCUUAUUCUUUUUGGGUAUUUCAAUUUGGCUCUUUCCAGUCGUUCCUCUUCCUCUCUCGUGCGAGGUCAUUCAACUCAGAUGCUUUCAAUUCAAUGGCGAGGUCAUUCGUGCGAGUUUCGUUCUGUCCGAGUGCAAUUUCGAUUCAACUCGGAUGCUUUCUCUUCUCUGCUGACGGAGAGUUCGCGUCUUGGGUCAGUUCUCAACCUCUUUUUGCACGAGUGGGUUUGCUUUGAAGAAGAAAAUUGCAGGACAGUGAUUGGAAGAAGAAUUCAGUGUUCAGCACAAGCACCACCUCCAGCUUGGCUAGGAAGUGCUUUUCCGGAGCCGGGCCAGAGGACUUGAGAUGGUCCAAAAGCCUAGUUCUGUUGUUGGAUCUACUGGUUCCAUUGGAACCCAGACAUUGGACAUUGUUGCAGAGAACCCGAAAAAAUUCAGAGUUGUGGCCCUAGUAGCUGGCUCAAAUGUGACUCUUCUUGUUGAUCAGGUGAAAAGGUUCAAACCCAAAUUAGUUGCAGUUAGAAAUGAAUCAUUAGUUAAUGAACUUAAAGAGGCUCUAUCUGGUCUAGAAGACAAGCCUGAGAUCACUCCUAGGGAGCAAGGAGUCAUUGAGUUGUCAAGUCCACUAUCCAAGGGGCAGCUAAAUGUUCAGUCUCAGGACCUUGUGAGGAAUGAUAGUAGAGGGCUGGAUGUUCCUUCAUCACUAGCUGUGACUGCAGAUAAAACUGAUGGUACAGUUGCUCUGGUGAAAUCAGGUCCUGAGAAAGUUAAAACUACCCAUGCAGGAGAAUAUCUUACUUCUGCCUUGAAUGAUUUUGACCCUGAACAACAUGACAGUCUUGCUGCCAUUUCAGAUGGUGCAAACAAACUUUUGAUGCUGGUUCUGGCUGCAGUAAUUAAAGCUGGGGCUUCUAGGGAGCAUGAAAUACUUGCUGAAAUAAGAGAUGCUGUUUUCUCUUUUAUUCGUAAAAUGGAACCGCAGAGGGUAAUGGACACCAUGCUUGUAUCCCGUGUUAGAAUUUUGUAUAUUACAUCUUUGCUUGCUAGAUCACCAGAGCUGCAGUCCAUCAAGGUUUCUCCCGUUGAGAAUUUUCUAGAGAAGGUAAUACUGGACGUAGUAGAAGCUCCAGUCGGGGUAGCAGCCCUGGAAGAAGUCCUGUGAGCAUAUGUGGAGAAACACGAGUUUGUUUCUGAUGUAGUGCUGAAUGAGGAAGUGUUUAAUGAUAAGGUUUAUACAUAUAUAUUUGCAUAUAUUUUGCAAUUAAACUUGGAGUAGAAACAAGAAUUUGAAAUCAUGUAUAUACAUUAGUGGCAUUCAGAAUAUUGGUCUUUAAUAUGUUUAAGGUUACUUAUCAACUGUUGUCAUUCUGUACUAAUAUGUAGGCUUUAUGCUCAACUUGGAGGGAUGAUGGGGCGACUGUCUUCUCUUGAGGCUGUGACAAGCAAGCUAAGAUGUGGUCCUUGGCUACAAACCAACAAUGAUUGUUGCUCUGCAUGAAGCCCCCAUUAAAGACAUGGCCGGGAUCCCCCAUUAAAGAAAUUAUUGUGGUCCUGUUGUUUGCAGUAUUUUCCUACUACUGCUUCUUAUGUGGACUCCUAUUUUAAUUUUUUUGCUUUAUGUACUUGAAAAAGGAAAACAAAAGACAUAUACUUUGUUUAGUUAGUUAAUUUGGUAACUAAAUGCUCAUUUCUUUAUGCAGUCGUUUCUGUGGUAAACAUUGCAGUUA